GGUAUAUGUCACAAGGAAAACACGCAGAAGCAAGAGAACUAAUGUAUUCAGGGGCUUUGCUGUUCUUCAGUCAUAACCAGCAAAACAGUGCUGCUGAUCUGUCCAUGCUGGUUUUGGAGUCUUUGGAGAAAUCGGAUGCAAAAGUAGCAGAUGACCUUUUAGAAAACUUGGCUAAAUUGUUUAGUUUAAUGGAUCCAAAUUCUCCUGAAAGAGUGGCUUUCGUAUCCAGAGCACUAAAAUGGUCUAGCGGGGGAUCAGGAAAACUUGGACAUCCAAAACUACACCAGUUACUAGCAAUUACCCUGUGGAAAGAUGGCGAAGGAUGUGCAAAUAUGCUAGUAGAAUAUUCCUCGUCCAGGGGAUAUCGCAGUGAGGUGGACAUGUUUGUAGCACAGGCAGUACUACAAUUUCUCUGCUUAAAAAAUAAGACCAGCGCAUCAGUUGUUUUUACGACAUACACACAGAAACAUCCUUCAAUAGAAAAGGGUCCGCCCUUUGUUCAACCACUGCUAAACUUCAUCUGGUUUCUCUUAUUGGCAGUUGAUGGAGGAAAAUUAACAGUAUUUACAGUAUUGUGUGAACAGUAUCAACCUUCACUGAAAAGAGAUCCCAUGUAUAAUGAGUACCUAGAUAGAAUAGGACAGCUUUUCUUUGGUGUUCCGCCCAAGCAGACAUCAUCCUACGGUGGAUUACUAGGAAAUCUUUUAAACAGUCUGAUGGGAACUGGAGAAGAUGAUGACACAGAAGAUGGUCAGGAAGAUAGCAGUCCUAUUGAGCUCGACUGAAUGUUGUUGUCAUUGGGUGCUGUGUAAAUCUGAUGAUUCGAUGACUCCAAAGACAGUUUUGGAAUUUGAAUCCUGCAGUUGUUUCUUGGUGCCUAAAAGGGCUCCUCCGGUCUUUUAGAAAUGGUUGCUGAAAUGUUUAUAAUGUUCGGUCUAUAUUAUUUAUGUAAAAAAAGAAAGAAACCAACAAAAAGUAGCCAAACGAACCAAUCGGAGCAAUUGUUAGCAGGUUUCCGAUACAGCGGCUGGUGACUUUGAUUAAAAUAUAGUCUUCUACGGUUUCUGAUGCAGUAUUCCCUUUUGCACAGUAAUUCAAUAAAGCAUAAAUAUGGGUCUUGUACUUCUCGGCCUACCCUAUACCAUCUUUGUUACGAGAAAGCCUCCUUGACCUCUCCCACCUCCAAGGAAGAUCUCGAAAGGCAGGGUGAUCAAUUGAAUAAUUUAUUUGCGAGGCUGGUGCCAAAAGUACUGCGAGAAGAGCCAAGCAGCGUAAUUUGAGAUGUACAUCCAAGAGACAGUGAUACCAAGAACUUCCUUCCACUGCCGUGAGUAACAUGCACGCCGUUCAUACUGCCUUUCACUCUCCUUAAGAUCUCGCUCUGGCCAAGCCCACACGUGUGUUUAGCCGGUAUUUCCUGAAAAGCACAAGCUUUUUUUACUCUUGAGUAAAAGCCAAUCAGUGGAACAUAGGUAAUUGGCUUCCAUGUGGAUCUCUCUUGCCUAGGUAUAAAAAUUUGGCUCAUGGCUCUACUCCUUUGGAACAGAUUUUUUUCCAGUGUAAGUUCACAACCAUACGUAACGGUGAUGGUGUUAUAGCGAAUGAAAUUAUUUGCUGUGAGCAACGUAUGUGUUUGAACUGCAGCUGUAUGUAAAGAAAAGGGAUACUGCAGAACUUCUGGUUCUUUAUGAUAUAUUUAUUUUUCUUGGGUGAUUUGAUUCAUUUAACACUUUCUGUAAAAAAGAGUAAAUCAAUAAAUAAUGGAGUAACUUCAACCCCAGUGGUAGGCAUAGCCAUUCUACAUCUCCUCCUCUUUAAUGCAGCACAGCGGAUGUCAGUGGUACAGUGAACAGAUGAAAUGGUGGGGAAACGCUUUAUUUUUUCACGAUGAAAAUAAAAAAGGCUUAGAUUAAUAAACAGCAAUCAUGCAUGGGGGAGGGAGGGAUUAAUACAAAUUUAUUGACUGUAUGAAAAAGAAAAGGCAUCGAAAGGAAGACUUUGUGUUAAUUGUGAAGUCUCAAAUAAACACUUUAUACCA